AUGGCCGAGGCAAAGCUAAUAAGUCAAGAACUAUGUUCAGUUCUAGUGGCUUCUACUAUAAAUCGUACAUUGAAGUCAUAUACCGGUGAAUUCAAUAAUUAUCGUGCUAGCUUUAGCCUUAACUCGUUUAUCGAGGACUUUCAUAAAUUAUCAAAUAUAUAUCUAAAGAGAUAUAGCACCGAUGGAGUAGAAGCAGAACAUAUAAGUAAGGACACUGUUAUCAAAGUGUUAGGUGCUGGACAUUUCACAAAGUUUGUUGAAGUUAGUAAUGAUAGUUUAAUCAUAGAAGCUAUUCCAAACACAUACGAAACAUUAUUGAAGAAUAUAGUAGCGACUUCAACUUUCAUCUAUUCAAAACAAUUAGUCAAGAGCAUUAGUGAGUUACUGGCUCGUAAUAAAGCUAAUGAAGCAGCUGUUGCGGCUGAAAAUAAAGAUGUACAACCAUCAUCAGUUGAGUCUGCCGAUGUGGAAAUGAAAGAACCUGAAAGUGCUACAAAUGUACCUACUAAAGAAGACGAGGAUGUUCAAGAUCAACCUAUCGAAGAAGAAAUCAGUAAAGAAAAUGAUGAAAUCAUUUCCAAAGAAACCGAUGACAGUGAUAAAGUAGAAGAAAAAGAAGAUGAAAUAGAAAUAGCCGAAGAAGACAGUGCAAUAAAAGCAGAUGAAGCAGACAAGAGUGAAGAACAGGUUGAACAUGAUGAUUCAAGUAUUAUCAAGGAUUCUGAAGCUGAAGCAACUGAGCUUGGUAAUGAGACAGAAUCCUCCGAAUCAAAGAAUGAUGUUGAUGAUGAAGAUAUACAACUUGAUAUAGUUGAUACAGAGGGUGAUAAAGAGACAAUCGAGGUAGAAACUGUUGAGCAGGAACCGACCAAAGUGGAAGUUGAUGAUCAUAAACCCGAAAUAGAGGCAGAAGAAGAAGAGGAGGAAGAAGAACAAGAAGAAGAGCAAGUUGUGGACAUUGACGAUGAAAAGAAACAGGAUGAAGAGGCUGCAGAGGAAAUAGAACCACCAGUUGAAGUAAAAGAAAGUGAAAUUCCAGCUGAAGAUGAAGUUGAAGUUAAAGAGGACGCUGUUGAAGAAGACAAAGAAGAAGAAGAAGAAGAAGAAGAAAAGGUAGAAUUUGUAGAAGAAGAUCAAGAAGUUACCAAAGCAGAAAACGAUGUGGAACAAGAAGAUGAAGAAAACGAAGUUGGAGAUGAAGCUGAAGAAGAGGAAGAAGAAGAAGAAGUUGAAGAAACCAAAUCUCAUAAUUUCCGUAAGAGAUCACUAUCUCCAGCAGCGGCUGCUUCGGCUCAACACAAACGUUUCCAACAUAUUGCAAUCAACUUGAUUACCUCAAUUCAAGCUCAUAGAUUUUCUUCCCCAUUUUUACAAGCAGUAAAUAAGCGAGAUGCUCAUGAUUAUUAUGAUAUCAUUCAUUUUCCAAAGGACUUAAAGGGAAUAUUAAAGGGUGUGAAACUGAAGAGUGAUCCCCCAGAAUAUCAACUGAUCAAAGAAUUGGAACGAGAUAUCAUGUUAAUGUUUGCCAAUUGUGUAAUGUACAAUAAAUCAGACGAAGAAUUAGUUCGUCUCACCAUAAUAAUGAAGAAUGAAGUUAGUGACAUUUUCAAAAUGUUCGAAGAAGCAGAACUGGAUAUUAAAUAA